AUGUUAUCCUCUUUCAUUCUUGCGGCUGUUGCCCUGAUCCCAGGAGUCUUCUCGGCACCCUCUGGAUCGCUUCCCCAGCUAGGUGAUCACUUGCACGGUGAGAACAGCAAUGCAAUCCAAGCUCGACAAGGGGGUUACUUUUGGUCCUCUUGGUCCGAAGGCGGUGGGACUUAUCGAUGCAACAAUGGCGCUGGUAGCACGUAUAGUGUAACAUGGCAAACUACUGGUGGCGCAAGCGGCUUCGUAUGUGGAAAGGGGUGGAGCCCAGGCGGCAACAGAGCUGUAAAAUAUGAAGGAACCUACGAUACCAAGGGUCCCGGUUACUUGUCCGUAUAUGGCUGGACAAGAAACCCACUCAUCGAAUACUACAUUGUAGAUGCGCAUGGCGAUUUACUGCCCAAUGAGCCAUGGACUGAGAAGGGUAACUUCACAUUUGAUGAGGGAACAUACACUGUUUUCACGAGCACUCGCGUCAAUAAACCCUCUAUCGUUGGCACGGCAACCUUUCAACAAUACUGGUCUUUGAAGAAUUUUCGUCCAAGAAAGAAGACAACCUCAGACUCCAUUGAGUCCAACUCAGAAUCUAUCAGCAGGAUAAGGGGACUAUUAAGCACCUCAUUCACUAUUGGCUCUAGUUCCAAUCGCAGUAACACCUCACCUUUACCCUCGGGUCUAGGUCUCCACGUAAUUCACCAGCCAGACUCUGCCUGCCUUGACAUCAUCUUCGUUCAUGGAUUAGGGGGCCAUAGUCAAAGGACUUGGUCUCAGAACCAUGACCCGUCUUUAUUUUGGCCAAAGUUAUGGCUACCGUUCGAACCUGAUAUUGGUAAUGCUCGUAUCUUGACGUUCGGUUACAAUGCGGCUUGGCAUGGCGCAACAAAAAGCAUCGCUAGUAUCACCGAUUUUGCCAAAGAGCUAUUGUUUGAGAUGCGAUUUUCAGUAGAUGAGCAUGGAUCUGACCUAAAUAUUGGAACAAAUCCUAUCAUUUUCGUCGUUCAUAGCAUGGGUGGCUUGGUCGUCAAGAAGGCGUGUCUGCUAGGCCUUCACGAUGAAAACUACAAGAAUAUGAUCGAACCCAUAUCUGCUAUCAUGUUCUUGUCGACUCCCCAUCGUGGCACCAAUCUAGCGAAGAUUCUCAACUCAGUGCUAGCCGCUUCCUUUCAGUCAUCGAAAAACUUCAUCUCAGACUUGAACAAGAGUUCUCCGGCCAUCGAAGAACUCAACGAACAGUUCCGUCAUUUUGCACCAAGGCUCUCCAUAUGGUCCUUCUACGAAACCCUAGCAACAUCCAUAGGACCCAAGAAGAUCAUGGUACUAGAGAAAGAAUCAUCUGUGUUAGGUUAUCCAGCUGAAAUCUCAAGACCCCUACAGGCAGAUCAUCAUGAUGUCUGUAAAUAUUCAAGCCCUAUGGACUCUAACUACAUCAGCGUAAGAAAUGCUAUCAAAUCACUAGCAAAACAAUUCAGCCGACUAGAAACGCAGAAUGCCGAUCCGCAGGCCUACGAGGCUAAAACAAAUUUCCAGGAGCUUUUCCGCAACUCCCCGACGACUGAAGAUGACUAUAAUACGUUAAGUCGUAUCCGGAUUCCCGAUACAUGCAUGUGGUUUCUCAACGAACCAGAAACAAUUUCUUGGCUUGAGCCAUCAUCAGAACACCGUUUACUCUGGCUUAAUGCUCCUCCUGGCACUGGGAAGUCGGUCCUUUCCGCUUUUUUAAUCAACCAUCUACGAAACUCGGGGCUUACAUGCCAAUCAUUUCUGUUCAAAUACUCGGAUCGAAAUAAGCGUUCAGUCGCGGGGGCCUUACAGUCCCUUGCACUACAGCUAACAAAGGAUAUCCCUCAAUUUAAAAUGGGGUUGGACGGAUCUUCAGCAGAAAGCUUAGGCUUGGACUCCGGAGACCCCUUGUUGAUUUGGCGGAAUAUAUUCGAGAAUGUACUGUUCGAUAUAGAGCGCCCGGAACCAAUCUACUGGGUGAUUGACGCACUAGAUGAAUCCGACUCUCCACAAUCUCUCUUAGAAUGCCUAGCGAGCCUGUAUAAAGCGAAAUUACCUCUUCGAGUGUUAAUCGUCAGCCGCAAUAUAGAUUCGAUAUCAGUUCAUAUGGAUAGGCUUUCGGAAACAGUGCCUGUCUUUCGAUUAGAAAAUACAAGCGGCAAUCAUAAUUAUAGUGAUAUGAAGCUUUUAGUUGAACGAGAACUUAGAUACAUGCGCGGCAGUCUAGUAUUUCGUGAGCAGCUCACCCAAACUAUCUUAGAGCGUGUCCAAGGCAAUUUUCUCUACACGAGGCUCGUGGUAGAUGAGAUUCUUGGAUGUCACACGGAAGAGAAUAUCCGAGAUGUCCUCGAAGAGAUCCCUGGCGAUAUGACUCGACUUUAUGAAAGAAUGGAGGAUAGUCUCGUCCGUUCAACGAAAAGAUCGGAAAACCGACUUAUAAGAACCAUUCUUGAGUGGUGUACUUGUGCGCAGCGCCCGCUAAGUCUGGUAGAGUUAUCUCAAGCACUGCAACCGGAGUUUCGAGGGUUUCUUGAUCUGAAAAGAACUAUCGAAGAUACCUGCGGGCAGUUUCUACGAGUUGAAGAAAACGAAGUCAGUACAUUACAUCAUACUGUACGCGAUUACUUCAUGAACUCCUCGAAAGAAUUUUUGAUCAAUGCGCAGCAAACUCACGAGAAACUUUUCAUAAAUACUCUUACAAUCCUAGAAGACCCAAACCUUCGGUGGAGAUUAACGCAAGGUGAAUACGCUCUUCACUCUAGUGAGCCUUUCGUAUUUUACUCGGUGGUCAACUGGUCAUUUCAUCUUGACCAAAGUAACUCCACGAGUUCCAAAUGUCUUGACCUGCUCGUAAAAUUCUUCCGCAGUGAUUCUCUAUUAACCUGGAUCCAUGCACUAGUACUUAUUCGGCGGCCAGAAGUUCUAAUCAGAGCAUCAAAAGUCAUAACAGCUUUCUCCCAUAAUAUAAAAAAGCAAAUCGGUUCCGUGGAUCCCAUACAGUACCGGCUUUCAGAUCUCAAUCUUCUUGACAAUUGGGUUGUCGAUUUAAAUAAACUCGCCGGUAAAUUUUCUCAAACUAUUAUUAUAAAGCCCAGGGCCUUAUACGAUAUCAUCCCAUCAUUGUGUCCCUCAAAGUCUAUGAUGCAUCAGCAGUUUUCACGCUCGGCAAAAAUCAAGAUUAUUGGGGAUGUGGAUGCGGAAUGGAAUGACCAUAUCUGUCGAAUUGUCCUGCCCGAAGAGGUCCAAGCCUGGAAAAUCACCUGCGUUGGGACACAUAUGGCAGUACUCGAUUCUGUUGGAGUUACACGUAUGUGGGAUUCGUCAAGCUUCUCCGAGGUUGCGUCUAUUUCGCAUGGGGAGCCGGUUACAGCCAUGGCUUUGAAUGCAAACGGGACUAGGUUAUCAACUUACGGAAUGAAGAGCACUAAGAUGUGGGCUAUUCCUUCGGGAGAUUUGCUCGCAUCGACGGAAAACCCUCCAUACACCAAGGCACUCACUAUAGCCUUUGCCGAAAAUGAUCGGAAAUUGUUACUCGGAGGCGACGACAAUAUUAUUAGGCAUAUCCAAUGCAACAAUUUCAAAGAAGGAUGGCAAAUAUUAAACCCAAGUCUCUUGAAAGACAUAUCACGGAAUGAGGGAGCAAUAGUCAACUCACCUAUGUGUCUUGGAUUCAACAAAGACAAAACACACGUCGCUGUAUCAUAUAGGGGAGCCCCGCUUUUUGUAUGGAGACUCCAUGAUGGACAUUGCAUCAAUAAGUGCAAAAGAGUAAAGGACUUACGCAAACCAUCUUCAAACUGGUUCGCAGUUGACCGAUUGACCUGGAAUCCGGUUACAAAUCACGUUAUUGGGAUCUACAAGGAUGGGACUGUCUUUAAAUGGCACCCUAUGACUGAUGAAAACAUCGAGGCCAAAACAUGUUGGACUGCGGAUGAGAUCGCGGCAAGUCCUAAUGGGAAGCUCUUCGCAACUAGUACCAGCGACGGCUCAGUGCGCAUCUGGGAUUUCGCGAACUUGAACGUCAUCUAUCGGCUUUUAUCAGAUAACUUGGUAACUGACAUAUCUUUCAGCCCCGAUAGUCGGCGAUUCUAUGAUCUACGCGAUGGUUCCAUCAAUGCCUGGGAACCAAACAAUCUCGCUGAAUUUCUAGAGUCCACAGAAUAUCUAAGCGACAAUGGCAGCGACCAUACAUCAACAGCGCUAUCUGGACUCUCGAAGGAAUUUAUAAGUCGAAUUGAAGUCGUAACUGCAUUUGCCCUGGCCCCGGACGGCACGUUGUAUUGUGUAGGCUACGACGAUGGAACUGUAACCUUAUUUCAGAAAGGAAAUAAAGAUGGAAUUGAAUUGGCACGUUUUCGUAACUUCCUCCCUGUAGCGCACAUCAAUUGGAGUAGUGAUGGAAAACGUGUAGCGGUUGCAGAUCUGGCCGGCGGUGUCCAAGUCAAAGCACUGAAUGGGCACAAUAUAAAUAAUUUUGCCGUAUCAUCACUACCCACACCAAUUAUUAGGCUGGACGGCCAUAACAUCGAGGAGAUAAUUCUCAAUCAUAAUGGUCAAAGACUUUUCAUUCUGAGAGGAGAAGAAUGUCUCAUCUACUCCACCGAAGAUGGUUCCCUACAAACCAGUUCCAACCUCAUUCAGAAGCAUGACAAAUGCAAGUGGCUAUGCCACCCUAUUCAACAAGACAUCAUCUUAUCAUAUGGAGCAUUAAAUGUGUCUGCCUAUUCAUGGACAGAUAUUAAGGGUUUAUACUCAGCGCCAUAUCGUGAGAUUCAUGACAACUCGAAACUUAGAAUGGGGGUAAAUAAAUCCUCAGAAAUUGAGACCGUCAACUGGGAUUUAUGUCUCUCUGGGGACAACGAAAUUAGAAGAGUGGUUAACAAAGCCAUCCUUAGCGAAGACGGAAGCAACGUUCUCCUCCAUACUACUGACAACGUCACUCGCAAGAGCGGACUCGGAAAUGACUCGAUGAUUAUUCCAAUCACCAAUUUGCCAAAAGAUAUCAAUGGCACGUAUCAACCUCAGUUUUUAGACGUCUCUCGGAUUCCAAAAGAAAUAUCCUCCCAAAUCCACGUGCCUCUAGGCAUUAUCAACGGAUCAAAAUUAAUAUUCCUGGACCGUCACUUCUGGCUUUGCAGCUAUGACAUCGAUGCCACAAUAGAUAUCAGUCUCAGUGAAACAUGUCACAGGUUUUACUUCAUCCCACGAGACUGGAUUGGACAGAAUAGCGUAGCCACUUGUGUGCUGACGGGAGAUGGGUCGCUGUUCUGGCCUAGGGACGACAGAGUUAUAAUCAUCGAGUGUAAUCUUUAUGAUACGAGUUUUAUGUAA